CGACGCCAUGGAUGGCAGAGGUGUUUGCAGAGGGUGCCCCUUGUGUAAGGAAAUGAUGGAUAUAAAGACCGUGGACGAGAAUAUUGGAGGAGUAGAAGUGCAGGAUUGGCCCGCAACAAGAACAAUCUCGGUCCACCGUUGAAGCCUAUAUCGAAUCCACCACCACCACCACCACUAUCACCAUGUCUCAGCAAAAGUGGAAGCCAACCUUUGAUGAUGUAAUGGGUUGCCAGUCAGCAUGCUACGAGUGGGCCGACAGCUACGAUAGCAAGGACUGGGAGCGUCUCGGCAAAUGCAUUGCCCCAAGCCUGAAAAUCGACUACCGGUCCUUCCUGGGCAAGAUGUGGGAGGCCAUGCCCGCGGAUGAGUUUGUGGCCAUGGCCUCUGACCCCGCGGUGCUGGGCAACCCCCUCCUCAUGACGCAGCACUUUAUCGGCGGCACACGGUGGGAGAAGACGGCCGAGGACGAGAUGGUGGGCUACCACCAACUGCGGGUGCCGCACCAGCGGUACACGGACGAGAGCCGCACAAAGGUCGCGGUCAAGGGCCAUGCCCACAGCUUCAACACGCACUGGUAUAAGAAGGUCGAGGGCGAGUGGAAGUUUGCUGGGCUGAACCCGGACAUUCGGUGGUUCGAGUACGACUUUGACAAGGUUUUUGCAGAGGGGCGAGACUCGUUUGCAGAGGCGCAGACUGCGAGCGGCAUCCCAGCGGAGGCUUGAUGACCAAGGAUGAGGGCGCCCAGUGUGUUUGUUUACGAGGAUACCUACCACGACUUUUGCAAAUCUGAAGACAUGGGGCGUUUACGAGCGAGUGAGCCAGACAUGACGCUACCAAAGA